AUGAACGACUUUGGUAUGGACGCCGACAGCAACAGUUGGGGCUCGGAUUAUGGUGAGGACUACGGAUCGGAUUUUUCCGAUGGCGAAUACCAGCCGAACAGCGCCGCUGCCUCCAGCAGCGCACAACAGCAUCACCAAGCCGGCUCGGCAGCCUCCCGGGUUGCCUCCAAGACCAAAGGCGGUGCCCAAGCUCGAAAAAUGGUGAACCGCGGGAGGUGGACCAAGGACGAGGAUGAAAAACUCAAAGGAGUAGUGGAACGCACGGGUGAAGUUUGGGAAAAUGUCGCGUCCUUCUUUGAGGAUAGAUCGGACGUCCAAUGCCAACACCGAUGGACAAAGGUUGUCAAUCCCCAGCUGGUUAAGGGUCCUUGGACCAAGGAGGAGGACGACUUGGUUGUCCAACUGGUGCAUCGGUACGGUCCCAAGAAGUGGACCCAGAUUGCAAAGCAUUUGAACGGACGAAUCGGCAAACAAUGUCGAGAGCGAUGGCACAACCAUCUCGAUCCCAACAUCAACAAGUCACCCUGGACAGAAGAAGAAGAUCGGCUUUUGGCUCAAGCACACGAACAGUACGGGAAUCAAUGGGCCAAAAUCGCCAAACUUCUACCUGGAAGAACGGACAACGCCAUCAAGAAUCAUUGGAACUCUGCCAUGAAGAAACGGUAUGAAACAGACGGAUCAAGCAUUAUCGACACUGGGAAACGGCGUGGCCGGAAGAGAGUUCGCCCUCCCGUUGAUGACCACCCACAGCAUCCUCACCCUCUCGCUUCAACUCCGUCGUGCUCUGCCGAUUAUGGGUUAGAGCAUCCAUCACCCAUGUUUGAGCAUCAGUUGAUGUCGUCGAGACCGUGCAGUCAAAACAGUCGGAUGUCGGUGGAGUUAGUGCCGAACAACUUUGAGCCAUCACCGGCAUAUAGAACCCAACAGCAUUCACACAUGGGCAUGCAACAGGCUAAACAAAACUGUCCUGAUGUCUUCAAUGGAGGGAGCUUAUCCAUGGGUGGCAGUGUUGGUAGCCAGUCAAGAGCCCCUUCUGCUUCAUCGCCCGAAGACUUUGCAGAUAUCUUUUCUCCUCUCAAAUACGUCAACAUGGACGAGAUGAGUAACCCAGAGAGUUUGAGCCCGAAUCGACUGAACCAAGCUUUGAUCAGUGAAACGUUGUCCGAGUUUCCACAUUUUGAAUUUGGUUCUACUAAUAUGCCAGACCAGCCUGCUGUGGGCCACAUAACCGAUUCUAACGAUCCGAAUGAGAUGAUGUCUAUCUAUGAUACAAACAAACCAGGAAAUGCUUCAAAGAAUAGUAAAAACGGUUCUUCAGACAACAACACGUCAACGAUCAGCAUAAAACAGGGCACUCCACCCAUACUAAGACGUGGAAGCCGUCGAAGAACACGAGCCGAUUCCAGUGGAUACGACGGAACUUCUGAUCACAUGGGGACUUCUAAUGAAGAAGCCGUUCCCUCCGAUCUGGAUCUGCGUUCAGAAUGCGCAAGCCUAAGCAAGCCGUUCCAGGAAAUGCAUUUUACUCCACGAAAGAAUGCCCACACCCCGAUGAAAACGCUACCAUUUAGCCCUUCCCAGUUUCUGAGUAAUUCGAUGUUAGCGCAUACGGAAGCUAUCAUGUCGACACCAGUUUGCCCCUCUGCUCCCAAACCGUCUGCACUUUUGACUCCAGUGACACGCGGGGGAUGCGUUGCAGAUUAUGUUGCAUUACGAACUCCUUCGCGUAGAAAUCAAGAACUCAUCACUCGUACUCCAACUCCUUUUAAAGAUGCUUUGGCAGAAAUGGAGAAAAAGGGUGGACCUAUAAAAUAUACCUUGCACACACCUACCCGGUUUGAUGAUUUGAACGACAUUAUCGGCAAGGAUGCUGACCCAUCCGAUUCAACUCUUCAUACGCCCGUCCAGAACUUACAUCAAGAUAGUGGCUAUAUGACAGAUAAGAGACAAAAAACAAAUGUCGACAGCUCUGCCCCCAGUAUUUCUUCCUCCUCAACUACGGAUAAAGAGAAUAUUCCGGGAACGAGAACCGCUGCCCCAGCCACAAAUGGUUUAGUACCGAAAUCCCCAAGCCGUAGAGCUCGCAAAGCCCUGCAUGCCACAUGGAGCACGCCUGGAAAUAUCCAAGUACCUGGUAUUGGUUGCGACUCCAUGAGUUUCUUACCCGAAACACCUAGUAAAUCGUUGAUCGGAGAUUCGUCGGUCUUGUUUUCUCCUCCGUCCAUAAUACGAGAGACGCUUCCAGAAACUCAAGACGGUGACGAUGCAUUUGGACACCCACCACAUCGUCCCAACAGCAGCAUCGAAAGCACUGGUUCUCGGAGUCCGUCAGACAAGGUGGACGUGAGAUGGGAAAUGGUUGCGUGCGGACGUACGAGAGAUCAAGUCGAAUUGACGGAACGAGCCCGCUCCUAUUUAGUGAUGGAUCGGCGCGGAGGGCAACUUGCAUGCAAAAAGAAAUGCACCUUUUAACUAAAUGUCCCACUAGAUGGCUAGUAGUUGACACAGUUUUUUUUUAGCAUUUAAAAUGGGAUUUUUGGAAAUUUAACCUUUUCAUCGAUGUGCAUGAAAUUUCACUGUAUUAAUUAGCGAACACAGCUUAUUCCAAUUGGGGAAGUUUAGGGUAAUGUCUCGUGUAAAUUUCCCUGCGAAUGAUGGAGCAUAAUCCGUUGAACGCAAAACCAUUACUCAGCAACAAAAAUGACGGCGAUCAAUUUCGAACAUGACUUGAAACGUGACCUGUGCCGUUAACUGCGGCAUUGUUUCUUUUUAACCCCUGGUAUAGAUUACUGCUGCGAACAAAAUAAGUGGAUGAAUUUUCUCUUCUUUUACUUGGUACCUUUCGCUAAUAAGCUUUAAGAACAUGUAAUAGCUCCCUGGAAUUUCCAUGUUUCGUUUAUUUUUUGGCUAAAAUUUUUUCCCUCCUGGUAUUAUUAUUUUUACAGUGAACGUCAGAUAUUAAUCGAUAUAUACCAAUGCUUGAUUCCGUAGCUUAAAUAACUAUAAUCACAAAAUUUUCACAGGAAAACAAAUCGGCUCUGGUGGAAGAAAAACAAAAAUUUGUGUAACUGAAAUGAAAUGUGUCGUAUUUAUCGUUUAUUUUUACAAUGUUUCCUGUGUAAUUUGCUCAUUGUCACGACAUUUACUCGCAAAAUUGAUUUUUUCUGUCAGUAAAAUUCCAUGGAAAAUCCACAAAAAAAAAAUACAUUAUAUUAAAACCA